UUGUAAGCUGUAUGUCUGUAAGGAACAAUGACCCAGAAGACUACCCUGGUGCUCCUUGCUCUGGCUGUCAUCACCAUCUUUGCCUUGGUUUGUGUUUUGUUAGCUGGCAGGAGCGGAGACGGGCAUGGACUGAGCCAACCGCCUCAGUGCCCCUCCGUUCCUCCUAGUGCCCAGCCCUGGACAAAUCCUGGCCAGGGUCAGCUCUUUGCAGACCUGAGCCCCGAGGAGCUAACAGCUGUGAUGAGCUUUCUGACCAAGCACCUGGGGCCAGGGCUGGUGGAUGCAGCACAGGCUCGGCCCUCAGACAACUGCGUCUUCUCGGUGGAGCUGCAGCUGCCUGCCAAGGCUGCAGCCCUGGCCCACCUGGACGGAGGGGGCCCGCCGCCUGCCCGAGAGGCGCUGGCCAUCAUCUUCUUUGGUGCACAACCUCAGCCCAACGUGACUGAGCUGGUGGUGGGGCCCCUGCCUCACCCGUCCUACAUGCGGGAUGUGACCGUGGAGCGUCACGGUGGGCCUGUGCCCUAUUACCGGCGCCCCAAGCUGAGAGUGGAGGUCGUUCAGAUUUGGAGGUAUUUGAAAGAAGUGGAGCUCCCAAAGGCACCCACCUUUCUCGCUUCUGUCUUGAACUACAAUGGCUCUACCUUGGCACCUCUGCAUUCUUCUGCUAGUGGCUUCCAGUCAGGGGACCGGACUACCUGGAUAGCCCUCUACCAUAACAUCUCAGGUCUUGGAAUAUUCCUUCACCCUGUGGGGUUGGAGCUACUGCUGGACCACAGAGCCCUGGACCCUGUCCACUGGGUGGUCCGGCAGGUCUUCUACCUUGGGCACUACUAUACAGACUUGGCCCAGUUGGAAUGGGAAUUUAAGGCUGGCCGCCUAGAAGUGGUUCGUGUUCCUCUGCCCACACCAAAUGGGGCUUCCUCCCUGAGGUCUCGAGUUACUCCGGACCCCCCUCUUCCCCCUCUUCAGUUCUCACCCCAGAGUCCCCAGUACAAUGUGCAGGGAAACUUAGUGGUAUCCCCCCUCUGGAUGUUUACAUUUGGUCAUGGGGUGUUCACUGGCUUAAGACUUUUUGAUGUUCGGUUUAAGGGUGAGCGUGUGGCUUAUGAAGUCAGUGUCCAGGAGUGCCUGACUGUUUACGGUGCUGACUCCCCCAAGACGAUGAUGCUCCGUUACUUGGACAGCAGCUAUGGGCUUGGCCGAAACAGCCGAGCCUUGGUUCGGGGGGUGGACUGCCCUUACCAGGCCACUAUGAUUGACAUCCAUGUAUUAGUAGGCACAGGGGCAGUCCGGCUGCUUUCAGGGGCUGUGUGUGUAUUUGAGGAGGCCCAAGGAUUACCCCUUCGAAGGCACCACAACUAUAAAGAGGGUCAUUUCUAUGGUGGUUUGGCCAGCUCAGGCCUUGUGGUCAGGUCGGUGUCAUCAGUGGGCAACUAUGAUUACAUUUGGGACUUUAUACUGUACCCAAAUGGGGCGCUUGAAGGGCGUGUCCAUGCCACAGGCUAUAUCAACACAGUCUUCCUGAAUGGAGGGGCUGAGAGCCUCCUCUUCGGGAACCGCGUGGGAGAGCGAGUGCUGGGAGCAGUGCACACACAUGCUUUCCACUUUAAGCUGGACCUGGACGUGGCAGGCUUGAAAAACUGGGUGGUAGCUGAAGAUUCGGUGUUUGAGCCUGUAGCAGCCCCCUGGAGCCCGGAGCAUCAGCUACAGCGCCUACAGCUGACCAGGCAGGUCCUGAGCAGGGAGGACCAGGCUGCAUUUCCCCUGGGGAGCUCCCUUCCUCGAUACCUUUACCUGGCUACCAACCAGACCAAUGCCUGGGGCCACCAGCGUGGGUACCGAAUCCAGAUCCAUAGCCCUCGUGGUAUCCAUGUACCUCUGGAGAGUGACAUUGAAAGGGCUCUCAGCUGGGGAAGAUACCAGCUUGUGGUGACCCAGAGGAAGGAGGAGGAGUACCAAAGCAGCAGCAUCUAUUACCAGAAUGACCUGCGGACCCCGACCAUGGCCUUUGCUGACUUCAUCAACAAUGAAACCCUUUUAGGAGAGGAUCUGGUGGCUUGGGUGACAGCCAGUUUCCUGCACAUCCCCCAUGCUGAGGACAUCCCCAACACAGUGACUGUGGGGAACAGUGUGGGCUUCCUGCUCCAGCCCUACAAUUUCUUCGAUGAGGAUCCCUCUAUCUUCUCCCCUGGCAACAUCUACUUUGAGACGGAAGAGGAUGCGGGGCUGUGCAGUGUCAACCCUGUGGCCUGCACCCCACAGCUGGCAGCCUGUGUCCCCAACUUGCCCUCCUUUUCCUAUGAAGGCUUAUAGGCCUGAGGAUGUGGUCAGACCCCAGGGGGCCAGGGAGUGAGCCGCAUGCACCUCUAUUCUAUCUCCUGUGUUUUUAAUUAUCUGCCCCAACUCCCCAGGUCUCCACCCUCUGUUCUUUAGAAAACAGCCUCUUGGGCUGGAGAGAUGGCUCAGAGGUUAAGAGCAAUGACUCCUCUUCCAGAGGUCCUGAGUUCAAUUCCCAGCAACCACAUGGUGGCUCACAACCAUCUGUAAUGAGAUCUGGUGCCCUCUUCUGGAAUGUGGGCAUACAUGGAGGCAGAAUGUUACAUAACAAAUAAAUAAAUCUUU